AACCUCAAAUUCUUAAUAUAUAGCAAAAAAUAAUAUUUUAAUAUUGCAUCAGGCAAAUUUUAAAAAAAAUGUUUUUAUUGUGUUUAUUUAUUUAUUUAAAAUUAUAAAACAGUAUAGAAAAUAACAAGAAAAAAAUGGAGAUUACAACAAUGGACGAGGCUUUUAAUUUAAUAAAACCAUUAUGUGAUAGACUGUUAAAUCAUCCAAAUAUUGAAAAUGCAAUUCAAGUUGCAAAAGUUGCGGAAAAAUGUUCAAAUACAAUAUUAGAAAAUUUAAUGGAAUACGUUAUGAUUCCUGUAACAAUGCACUUAUUUAAUAAGGAUAUGAGUAAAGAUGUAAAACAACAAUUACUGAAUACAAUGAGAAUAGUAAUUUCAAAAACAAGAAUCACGAAGAUAAAUGUUUUAAAUCAUUAUUUUGUUUGUGUUAUUAGUGAAAUUUUUACACCCUCAAAGGCUGAAAUGCUAAUUCCCUUCCAUGAAGAGUUGAAGGAAAGUGCAAUUUUGUGUAUAAAGUGUUUAAUAGAGCGAUGUACAACCGACGUUUUGGAAUUACUUUAUACACCGAAAAAUGUACCAAAAUUAAGUAAUGGAGUAUUUUUAUGCAUUUUAAUUGCACGAACGGAAAAAUCGAGAACUCUCAGAAUUGCAGCAAUUGAGACUGUAAUGGUCCUGUUGCAAGUGCACGACGCAGCAGAUAAUAAAGAUAUUGUUUUUCGAUCUCAAGUGGCAGAUUCUGUAAUGGUCAUAUUGCCCGGCGUUUCCAGUGGAUUAUUAGAAGUAGCCACUGGAAGUGAUAUUCAAGGACAUAAACUUACAAUUAUUGCAAUUAGAUCUUGGAGUCGAAUUAUUGCACUAGUUAUGGAGGAUUCCGUAGAACUUGAAAGUGAACCACUUUUGGAUUCAAUUUGUAAAAAGAGUGAAAUUUCCACAAAGCAAUUUCAGAAAACUUUGAAAUUCCAAAAGUCUGAGGAUGUGAAAACUUACAUAGAAUCUGCUAAGAGAACUCCAGAGUGGUUUCAAUUCGCAAGUAAUAAGCUGAAUAUUCUCAUGAACGAAUUGAACACUCUAGCUUCGCAUUCUCAUUUCAAAGUACGAAGGGAAUUGGCCGUGGGAAUUAAUUUAUUACUCACGAAAUGUCCAAGAAAUAUGAAACCAUCGUUUUCGAAAUUGAUAGAAAUUCUGAUUACUUUGUCCGAGGAUGAAUCUGAAGAGGUUGUGAAUACAGCGAAAUUUGGAUUAAAUUCAAUAAGUGCUAAAUGUUACGAAGAAAAGGGAAUGAAAUCUCUAGUUGAAUUGUUUGAGGAUAAUUUUUACAAAUUGCUCACAACACUUCCCAGAAUUAUGAGAACAGCUGAUGACUCGAUGCAGCUCUCGUAUUUAAAUCAAUUAACAGCAUAUUUACGAUUACUGGGCAAGCAAAGAUUGCCUCAAGUUAUGUUGUCUUCGGUUCAUUUGCAAAGAAUGAUUCUCGCCCUGGUUUACGUCGCCGAGCUCGAUUGUAAUGGAAUUUCUGUUUUAGAAGAUUUCUCAUCGAAACAUGUUGACAAUAUUCACUACACAAACUGUCACUCGUCUUGGAGGCAGUUUAAAUUCAUCAAUAGCUCUUCUGCGGAAAAGAAACUCAUGAUUAUUUGUCAACUACUGGGUGAACUUGGCGAUUUUGAAAUUUUAAUCGAUACAUUUUUAAAAUUGAUGUUUGAUAUUCCACAAUAUAGAAAAGAAUUAACAGUGUUACUUAAUUGGAUAGUCCAAGUUCCAGAUCCAAAUUCGGAAAAAUUGUUACUUUACAGGCAAACAAUUGAUCAGUACAUAGCGCCAGACUUUUGGUACUUGCCAUUAGAAGUCUCGGAAGACGUUAAUUUACGAGAGGUGCAGAGUAAUCUCAUACAAUGUUGUCUUUUAGUUGAAGGUUUGGGAAAUAUAGCAGAAAUUUUAAAGAAAGAUUACGAUCAGUUUCUGCUCAAAACUCUUUAUAUCGUCUUAGAACGAACAGGCAGUGGACACAGUUUGCUACGAACAGUGGGACUCGAGGCAUUGGAGAAAAUAACAAAAUCACAAUACAAUACAACUGGGGAACUUUUGCAAAAAAAUGUUGAUUAUAUUUCUUAUCAUGUUACGUUAAAAUUGCGACAAGUGAAAAGAAAUCCCGGAGUUCUCGAUGUUCUUGGAGUGGUGAUGGAAUUCAGUACAAUGGACUUUCUCCCAUGUCUUAAGGAAAUUGUCAACGAUGUUCUUCGACAGUCGAAUGAAAAAAUACAAAAGGACAAUACUGAUUCGUUUCUUCGAGUAUUUUACACUUUUACAAAAUGUGUCAGGAGAUUAACAUUGAAGAACGAAGCGAAAUUAAAUGAGGAAAAAGAUUUGGAAUAUAAUUCCAAGGAAAGAAUUAUCCAUCAAUUAGUAGAAUACAAAAAAUUAAAGGAAUUGGCAAAUCUUGAGAAUAUUGAGAAGAAAAUUGAGGAACCGGUCAGUAUAGAGGAAAUCGAGGAAGAAAUGAAGAGUUCGGCAUAUGAUUACGUUGAAGAAGAGAGGGAAGAAGAAAAAAUACCAGAAUACGUAAAAAUGAUAGAAGAAGUAAUGAAGCGUUGUUUACACUUUUUGCCAAGCAAAGACUUGACAAUUUCAACUCGAGCCAUGAUUACUUUGAACGAAGGACUUUUCUUAUUAGCCGAUUGGGAAAAUCAACUUUUACCAAUUGUUCACGUAAUGUGGCAUCCAUUAGUCGAUCGAUUCCGCGAUUCAAAUCCAAUUAUCAUUAAUCGUGCUUGGCAACUUUUUAUAACACUCGCACAUGUCUCGAAAGAUUUUAUUCGCGCAAGAACAUUAAAAAAAUUACUGCCGCCACUAUCGGAAUUUUUGAGCAAAUCAUCGGGGGAAAGUUAUAAGAAAGAUUCGGGUAGUAUGUAUAAUUUUACCCAAAUUUUUAAACUUCAAAAAGAACUUCUCUCGCAAUUUGGACACGUAGCGAGAGAUUUACAAUUACACGAGGGACAAUUGUGGGAAAUUCUUGAAAUCUGCGAACCCUAUUUGAGUUGUUUGCAAAAUAAAUUUCUACAGGAGAGUUGUGUGACUUUGUAUAAAAAUAUUGCCGAUUAUAAUAGCGAUAUCGUUUGGACAAAGUGCCUCGCAUUGUGGAAUAAACAUGUCGAACGUAUGGAUGCAAUUUCUUUUCAAGUCUGGUAUAAAAAGAUUGAUGAAUCUGAGACACAAAAUGAGUAUCGAAGAAAUCUUCAGACAAUUUUUAAGUAUAUUAAACAAAAAGAUAUUCUUUAAAAGCAAAGUUUUUCGGGUUUUCCCGAAAGGACCUUCGUCUCUCAGUGGGAAAACAUUGUUGUGCACACAAGGAAGGAAGGAAGGAUUCUAUUUAUUCAGUCCCUGCAAUGUGAUUGGUAUACACCUCAUUGUGAUUUGCGCUCAAUUAUGUUCCUCUCUUUCGGAGUCCG